GAGGAUUUCGCUGGCAAUCGUUUUCCGUAUCGCGCCGAGAUGCCCGAUUUCCUGCCGCACAUUCUACAAUCUCUGUACAAGGGACUGGGUGUUGCUCUAUUGGCGCUGGAAACUACGACGAUUGACUAUCUGAACAUAUCGCUGAUGGGCCAGAUAUGUAUGCACCUGAAGGUACUCAACUUGGCCUUCGAUGAGCUGCGUCCGUCUAGCAGGGAGAAGCCCCAGAUAGAUCCCUACAGCUGGCUCGUGGCCAUUGUGAAAUAUCACUGCGAGUUGAUCGUCUUGCGACAGCGGGUGGACCGCAUCUUCAAUCUGCCAGUUAUGCUGCAGUUCGUCAGCUCCAUGGUAAUUCUCGCCAUGACCGCAUUCCAGGUAAUUGUCAUCGGAGACGGUUCUAAGAGCUCCAUUAUUAUGAAUCUGCUGCUCUGCUGUGUGCUCUGUCAAUUGUUCUUGUAUUGCUAUUUCGGCAACGAGGUCUACGAGCAGAGCAAAACGCUGUCUACUUCUGGGUUUGGCUGCGAUUGGAGUGGACUCGACAGAAAGUGUAAACAAACUCUGUUGAUUUUCAUGAUAAACGCGGAACGUCCCUUUCUUUUCACGGCUGGCGGCUUUAUGGGCCUCACUCUGCCCAGUUUCACGUACAUAAUAAGCAAGUCCUAUUCCAUUGUGGCCGUGCUCAGGCAAAUGUACAGCAGGUCCUAG